AGCCCCAGCGCCGUGGCAUCCGAGCGGGACCCGGAGCGGGAGCGGCAGCCGGAGCCGGAGCGGGAACCGGAGCUGGAGCCGAAGCUGGAGCCAGCAUUGCAGCGCACGGGGCGGAGCGCGGCAGCCAAGCCGAGUCAGUGGAGGGGCCUUCCCCGGGAGAAGUCAGAGUUGUGCCCAUGGGCAGGCUGGCUCUGCUGUUCUGCUCUAAGGAUUACAUGUCCUUCAAACGCCCUUGACCCUUAGCACGAUACAACCACACCAGCUAUUUCUACCCCACGUUCUCAGACAGCUCGGAGCACAGCCAUCUGCUCGUGUCCCCGGUGCUCGUGGCCAGUGCUGUCAUCGGUGUGGUCAUUACCCUCUCCUGCAUCACCAUCAUCGUGGGCAGCAUCCGUAGGGACAGGCAGGCCCGGCUCCAGCGCCACCAACACCACCACCAUCGGCGCCACCACCACCAUCACCGCCACCGCCGGCGUCGACACCGGGAAUACGAGCCCGGCUAUGUGUCAGACGGACAUACUGGACACACACACAGCCGCUCCAGCCGAAGGAUGCACUAUACCUGCAGCCCUGCCGAAGACUGGCCCCCACCCUUGGACAUCAGUUCAGAUGGGGAUGUGGAUGCCACGGUGCUCAGAGAGCUGUACCCAGACUCUCCCCCAGGCUACGAGGAGUGUGUGGGGCCGGGGGCCACUCAGCUCUAUGUUCCCACGGAUGCACCCCCACCCUACUCGCUGACCGACUCCUGCCCUACACUCAAUGGUGCCCCCGAUUCAGGCAGCGGCCACAGCCACAGCCAACACCAGCAGGAGCAGAGGACCCAGGGCCAGGGCGGCCUCUACACUGUCUCCAUGGACACACUGCCACCUUAUGAGGUUGUGUGUGGAGUCCGCUCCCCAUCGGACCUGCUGCCGCUGCCAGGAUCAGAACCAGGGCCAAGGAACUCACCGGGGUGGCCCACCCCGCGCUGGACUCCAGCUUCCAGCCCAGAGAGGGCUGUGUGAAUGAGC